AAGUAAAAAGCUGAAUCAUAGUCUGUUUUGAUGUGUAUACAUAGCUAUAUAGCACGGUAUAGAUCCUGGAUCAGUGACAACUGGUAAUAAUCGAUAAUUAAUAUCAUAAACUUGCUUUAAAAUUAGUGAAGAAUUACUUCAACUGGAAUGAAAGCACUCGAAAUUCCUCGGGGACCUGGAUAAAAGCCAAAACAUACAUUGAUCAUCAAAUGUCUCUGGGAUAUACUUUAUCAGCUGUUAUAGAAUAUCGUAAUAUGUCACAUGGUAAAAGCUCAAAAACUGCAGUAUAUCUUAUACAACGAGAAGGGUAAUUUGGCUUAAAAAAACUUGUUUUGUAUCAUUUAUAAAUGGCGGGAUUAGAGUUCGUCGAUAUUGCACAAUCAGUAUGUUUUGCACGUAAUGUUCUAACUGAGAAUAGAAAAGACGGUUCUCUAAAAAAUACGAGCAAUCCAAACGAUUUACGGAACAAACGAAGACCUUGGCUAACAGGACCAUUACCUUUGUCUUGCGAAGGUUGCAGGUUUGAGCUUCCUAUGGACCUGAAAAUCUUGGAGAACCUCAGCGCAAUAAAGUAUCUUUCACAUUAUUGUAUUGUUAGUUCAAGAAGAAAGUACCUUUUUAAAACAACUUUUGUUAAAACUGAUAAAGACUUGGAUGGGAUAAUCAAUAGUUAUGAGCUCCGUCAAGCAUUAAUUGAUCUCUAUUCAAAUUCAAUAGGUGAUGAAUGUUUGGAUGAUAUAUUGGAUAUCAUUGAUUGUAAAAUGGAAAGCGUUUUUGAUAGGAGACAGUUUUUAGCUAUAUCGGCAUUUUCAGAACGAUAUUUGUGUACGCGUUACCAGGAUAAGAAAGAGAUUAGCAAUAGUAAACACCUUUUAGAACAAACAGAUUUUGCAGGACUCAAAUCUAAACUUGAGGGCUAUAACAUAGCUUCAAAUCUUGUUAAAAUGCUGUUAAUAAUAUGACGUUCAAACUUAAUUGAUCUUCAUUCGC